AUGGAUAUUCCUCAUGCUGUAUCAGCACCGGACAUUUCCUACACAUCAACAGCCUCAGCCCCAUCCUUACGCGCCAGGGAGUCUACAGCGACCAUGCCUGCUGCUUCUUAUAGACCUUCCGAAGAGGGACAGGGCAAUGUCAAGGUUGUUGUCAGAGUGCGCAAGUUCUUGCCUCGAGAACUCGAGAGACAAGCGCCGUGCUUGAUCGAAAUGGACCCCAACACACAAAAGACGACCAUCCAUCCUCCUCCAGCACAGGCUCUCGAUGCGAAAUCACGCAAAGUCUACGAGGAGAAAAGCUUCGUCUUUGACAAGUCCUUCUAUUCUCACGACGAAUCAAUGCCACAUUUCGCUCGCCAGCAAGACGUCUACGCUUCGUUUGGUGAAGACUUCUUGGACCACAACUUCGACGGCUACCACACUUGUAUCUUCGCAUACGGUCAGACUGGUUCUGGCAAGUCAUACACUAUGAUGGGCACCAAGGAACAGCCUGGUCUCAUUCCUCGGACAUGCGAGAACCUAUUUCAACGCAUCGAGCAAGAGCAGAACUCCAACAUCACCUACAACGUCCAUGUCUCAUACUUUGAAAUCUACAACGAGCGCGUCUGCGAUCUUCUCGCUCCUCGCACCAACCCACCGACACACUUGAGGGUCCGUGAAAGCAAGCCGGACGGCGUCUACGUCCAGAAUUUGACCGACAGUCCCGUCAAGUCCUUUGGCGACAUCCAGAGAUUGAUGCACAUGGGUGACUUGAAUCGCACAGUGGCCGCAACCAAGAUGAACGACACAUCGUCCCGCUCACACGCCGUCUUCACCCUCACUCUCAAACAGAUCCAACAUGACAUCGCCACUGAUAACACCAUUGAGCGUACUGCCCGUAUGCGUCUUGUAGAUCUGGCUGGGUCUGAACGAGCAAACCGAACAGAGGCAACUGGCCAGCGCCUCCGCGAAGGAGCAAACAUCAACCAAUCCCUCACCACGCUCGGUCGCGUUAUUGCCGCCCUUGCGGAUCCUAAACGCCAGAAACCAAAGGCCCGUUCGAAUCAGACAAGGCUUCGUGCAGACGUGGUACCCUAUCGUGAUUCAUGCCUCACCUGGCUGUUGAAGGACAGUCUGGGUGGUAACUCAAAGACAGCAAUGGUGGCAUGUAUCUCACCCACAGACUAUGAGGAAACUCUUUCCACGCUCCGCUACGCCGAUCAAGCCAAACGUAUCCGCACUCGCGCAACUGUCAACCAAGAUGCCGUAUCUGCGGCCGAACGUGACGCUCAGAUCAAGGAAAUGGCAGAGACCAUCCGUCUGCUCCAACUUUCCGUCAAUGCAUCAACAACCCGCAAACGUGACGAAGUCGAUCGUGCCGGCCAGGAACUCGAGGACUACCAACGUCAAGUCACAAAGAUGCAAAGAGCAAUGGAAGAGUCUCGUGCCGUUGCCGACGUAAAGAUUCGAGCCCUGAACGCUGAGUUGGAAGAACUUCGCCCUAUCAACGAUCGCCUGAGGAAUGAAGUCUCUUCUCUUCGCAGACAUCUUGCUCUUGCUGUUGGCGAGUUGAAGAAUCCUAUUGUCCUGCCUCCUACAGAAGAAGACAAAGGCUGUGAUGUCCAAGAAAUUGAGGUCUACAGUGAUGAGGAAGACGCGGAAGAAGAGAGCGAUGAUGAGGGAUACUCGUCACAGCAUGCAGAGUGGCAAGCUGAUAUCGACGAACUUAUGAAGGAUCUGGGCUUGUUCAAGAGGAAGGUUGCUGAUGACCGCAGUCGCUUUACCAUGCCUGUUGCUUGA